GUAACCGCUCUCCAUGGUAUCUCUCCAUCUCUCCAUGGUAGGUAUCUAAACAAGAAAACAAACCUCCCCCCUGCGAGAGCUGCAGCAGCACGUUAGAAGCAGGUUGUUUUUCUAGUUAUGCCGACGAGCAACAGAAGACUAAAGUCUUUCUGUCCACAGAGAAGACAAAAAGGAUGAGAUUAUGCCAUCACCUGAGCCGACUGUUGGCGCUUUACGUGAUAUUGUGCGCCAUGCGGACAGCUGCCAUCGUCCAGGGCGCACGAGAUUUCAGAAAAAAAGUGUCCAUGCUGCUGAAAGAGGAGCCAGAAAACCCCAAGUGCUUCGUUGAAGGCAGGAAGGACUUCACAUGCUUCUGGGAGGAAGAUGAGGAGCGGGCCGGCUCUGUGGAUCAGUACUCUCUCACAUACAACUACCAUAACGAAAACAGCAGCAGGUGCCCACUGAGAGCCCUCCCUGCAGCGGACGGGAAGAGGCUGUAUGUCUGCCAUCUGAACCAAACCAAGAUGUUCGUCCAAAUGGACAUACGAGUUCAUCGAGAGGAAAUGCUGAUCCACAAUCGCAGCCUCCUCAUCGAGCUCGUCUUUCUUCUGGAUCCUCCGGUUAACGUGACGGUGAGCAGCACGGAUCAGCAAGGCCAGCUGAAUGUCAGCUGGGUGCCUCCUCCUCUCAAGUACAUGGAUGACAGCAUGAUGUACGAGGUCAGCUACGCUCCGGCGGACAGCCACGUGGGGCAGGUCGAGGUGGUACGAGCCAGCUCAGAGUUGAUCCUGAGAGGCCUACAGCCAGGCAUGAAGUACAAGGUGCGAGUCCGUGUAAAGCUGGACGGGAUUAGCUACAACGGCUAUUGGAGUGCCUGGAGUGACCCGGUGUUCAUGGAAACACUGCCUGCAGAACUCGACCUCCUCAUCACAUCCCUGACUCUCAUCAUCUCGUUCAUCCUCAUUGUGCUGUCUCUCACCAUGUUCCUGUCCCAUCGAAGGUAUGUUGUAAAGAAGAUUUGGCCGACUAUUCCAACUCCUGACAGCAAGUUCAAAGGCCUUUUCACUGUUUAUGGUGGCGACUUUCAGGCAUGGUUAGGGCAGACCAAUGGCGGCAUUCUGCUGACGCCAGAUUUCUUCUACUCAGAAGAAUGCCCAUCUCCUCUGGAAGUCCUGUCAGAGCUCAGCCCUUGCCCCUCACUGUCUUUUCCGCCUUUGCCACCCAAGGCCUCUAAAGCUUUGACCACAGGCAGAAAGGAGGACAAUGACGCAAUGACAGGGCUCGCCGAGAGAGAGCCGUUGGAAAGGGGUGAUUCAGCUCUGACAGAGCGAUGGAGAUCCACACCACACGACCACUGGCUGAUGGACCGCUUACGGGCGCACCACCAGAACCCAAUUCCCUGCUCCCAGUCCGCUCUGCUGGAGUCCCAAGACGCCUACGUCACCCUCAGUGCCAACAACCACGGCGAAGAGGAACACCUGGAUGACGUUCCCGAGGAGGCCUUACCCCUGGAGGUGCUUUUUGCCUCCAGAAAGACAGUGUCGUCUGAAUCUCACUCCGACCUCGGAUCUGUGCAGCAGAGCUCCGGCUCGGGUCGCCUUUCGUCACAGUCCAGCUUUGAGUACCCAAACCACGCCUGGAUGAUCAAAGGCCCUGGGUACACCUACAUGGCAGUGGCAGAUUCUGGGGUCUCUAUGGAUUACAGCCCCAUGAGCAGAGCAGAGGACAUUGGAAAGGUGGUUAUCUACGCCAAUGAUUACAAGAACGAGAUCCCUGCUCAUAGAAGACCCUUCCUGCCGAGGCAACACCCCGCCUACGAUGACGGCUGAGAGGGAGCAAAGCUGGAUGGGCUGCAUAAUAUGGACUGAGUCUUGCAGUCUCGCAGGCUCAAUGAAGGGUUUUUGGAUAUUCACCCAAAGUUACAUAGCCUCUUAUCAACUGUUAAGAAAGGUGGACCAAGGAUUUGGGAGCAGACUGAUACCGAGGUUUAAGAUAAUGGACUCAGGAGGAUGAGUCCGCUGGAUGUACACAUAUCACUUCUACUUUAUCCAAACCACUGCCGUGGUUUACACCAAAUACUGAUAUUCAGUGCAAAAGUCUGCAUGCUGAUCUGUAAGUAUCAUAUCCUGUAAAUCAGAGCAGAAUUAUUAUAAUUCACCAAAAUUCAAUUGUACCCAUAAUGAUUUCCUAUUCAAGCUAAGUGUACUUUUAUAAGCUUAAAUCACAGAAUGGCUUUAGGUUCAAAUACAGUACAGGCAUCCUGAAAUGGAAGACUGAACAAUUCAGGCCAAUGCUCUUUCCCUGUUCCUUUGAUAUGUCUUAAAGGACAGGGCUGGUGAUAUUCCACAUUUUGCCUACAAGUGUUGACUGUGUAACCAAAGCCUGAUUCGAUUUAUCCUCUCUCUAAUCAUUCAACCGUCUUGACAACGUUGAACACUCGCAAGUUGUUAACAUGGAAAUCUUUCCCAUACCAUUUCUAUCCAUUGCCAUUCUUAGAACCACGCAACUAGCAUGGUUAAAUGAACAUAGGUACAAGUGGUUUAUUUUGAGUCAAACUCACAUUCACCAUCGUGCUUACUAGAGCACCAAAUGUGUAUUAAUCCACUGCUGAAAAUAGUCCCCAACCAAUGUACCAUUUAAUCCUGUUUGACUAGUGUUUGUUAAAAACUACAGUGCCCGGCUGUUUUAGGAAAUUAGAGAGUAUUUAAAAAAAAAA